CAGCAUACGAAGAAGGAUACCGGCCCACGGUCUCCUUUGUUAUCGAUUUCCUCCAACUGUCCAACGGCAGAGCCAUACUAUUGGCAAAUUCUACUUGAACUACCCUGCUAGCGGAGAAUGUCCAGUUCAGCAGCGGAAGCUGAAGCAGGAGAAGGAGAAGAGGCGGAGAAGCAGUAUUUUCCCUCCGAGAGGCCCUUCCUCUACAUCUGUGUCUGCUUCGCCGUCAGCUACCAAACCUUGGUCCUCUUUCCUUUGCUAGUGCUCAAACACGGAGGAGUGUGUUUCCUGGUUCCGUAUACGGUGAUCCUUGUGACGGUGGGUGUUCCCAUGGUAGCACUCGAGUUUCUCGUUGGCCAGUUCAGAGGCAAGGGAUGUCUUGAAGUGUGGACGUGCGUACCAGUUGGAAAAGGUGUGGGAAUGGCUAUGCUGUUGAAGACCUUCGUGGUGGCCAUAUACCAGGUGAUCCUGGACAGCUACGUGUUCUACUACUUCCUGCAGGCCUUCCAGAGAGAGCUUCCUUGGACACGAUGCUUCCCCUGGUGGGGUGCCAACGUCCUGAACUGCGCUGUUACCAACAUCACUGUUACCCGAUUUUGCAACGCGGAGAGACAUCGCCUGUACGACUCCAACGUGGGCAAGGAUUUCAGCUUGUCCAAGAACACGACCGUCAUCGAAGUGUGCGGAAAAAAACUCAAGAUUUCGGCCGAGGCAUACUAUAACGGCACGUCUCACCUCUGCACACGGAAGGAGCAUGGUUCAGAGCUCUCAUACUUCCUAAACGGCAUGCUGAAGAUUUCCACUGGCAUCGAUGAUUUUGGAGGCAUUCGUUGGCAGCUCCUUGUCUGCUACCUCUUCUCUUGGUUUUUCAUCUUCGUGUGCACCUCAAGUGGCGUACCCACAGUUGGAAAGGUAGCCCCAGGGCUGGCAGCAGUGCCAUUUGUAGCACUUGUGCUGCUGGCAACGCAAAUGAUGUUUCUACCGGACGGACGAGAAAGUGUACUCGAGCUUCUCACUCCACGAUGGCAACACUUGCGGACCGUCGAGGCAUGGAGUGAUGCAACCUACUACAUUUUAAACGGCUUUAACAUAGGAAUGGGAAAACUCUACUGCUUGGCCUCAUAUAAUUCGUUUGACUCGACGGCGAUCUACAGAGCCUAUGUGUUAAUGCCGUUGUUCAUGACCCUUUCGAAUAUUCUCAGCUGCUUGGUGUUCCUUGGCGGCUGCGGGACUCUGGCCAGAUACCUUGGCCAGUGCGUCCAGGAUUUUCCAUCACACCCCCUGGUAUUUCCAUAUUAUAUCGUCCCGCAACUUGUGGUGCACUUGCCCUUGUCAAACUUGUGGACCGGUGUCUUCUUCAUGGCUUUAUAUCUUAUGUCUAUCGACGAAGCGAUGGGCAAUGUGGGCACAGUUGUCACCUGCGCUGAAGACCUGUUCCCAUCGAUACGAGUGAAUAUGAGCCAGGCGGUGUUCAUGGUUUGCAUAUCCAUAUGCUUGGCUGGUUUACCUAUGAUCACCCAGGCUGGCCCUUAUGUGCUGGAGCUUCUGCAAGAGCACGCCGUCUCCGCCAUCUUGUCUCACUUCACAGCAAUGGCGGAAGUGUGUCUCUUUGCCUGGUUGUACGGACUUAAACGAUUCACCUACGAUGUCCAGUUUAUGCUGGGUUACAAGCCCAACGUCUACUUCAGAUUUUGCUGGCUUGUUAUCUGCCCCAGCGUGCUAGCAGCUUUCUACCUCCACCGGGUGUCUAAUUUCGUUCCCCAUCGGUUCUUCGACUACGACUUUCCACAGGAGUACGAAGCCCUGGCCUGGAUCAUUGGCGGCGUGGCUCUCCUGCAGGUGCCCAUUGGCGCGUGCGCAGCCAUCCUGCAGAACAUAGAGGUUCCAGGCCGAGCCUUUUUGCCUGAGGCCCAAUGGAUUCCCAACUACCCGGAACGCGUGGAUGGCUACUUUGAAGAACUGGAAGAGUUGGGCAUCGAGGGCGAGUCGAGUUCCCAGCUCGAGGCUCCGCAAGUUCUCAACGAAGAUACCUUCGAAUUGGAGAUCUCUGUCGAUCCGGAUGCACCCCUCUACUUUAAUCCUGCGUUAUAGAUAUGCAAAGAACUCUAUGCAUUGUGCAUGCAUUGUAUUCCAAGACUGAUGAAAUGUACAGUAAAACAUA